AUGGCCCUCGCCACCCCUGCCACCCGGCUGUGGGUGCCCCCCACCGUCCCUUGGGCCCCCCCUGCCACCAUCCCUGUCUCUUUGCAGGAGGUGCCCACCGAGUACCCGCCGGGGAGGGACGGUUCGGCAGCCUGGGCCAUCCGCGCCGUCUCCCUCGAGAGCGCCGUGUCCCCAGCCGAGCCGUUCGCCCGCGUCCUCUUCCACCUGCAGGGUCCCGACUGGCUGCCCGGGCAGCGGGACCACCCUGGGGAGCGGGACCACCCUGGGGAGCUGCCCUGCGUCACCCUCCACGCACACCACCGGGGCCGGGUGGCCCGUGGGACGUGCCGCCUGCAGGCACCCCUGGGCGUCUGUGUGGUGGAGCUGGAGAUCCCCCUGCGCUGGUUCUCCCCGGCACCAUGGUACUUGGCCCCCUGGGGGCUGCGGGCGGCGGAGCCGGCGCGGCGGCAGGAGGUACGGCUGGAUGACAAGGUGCUGCUGCGGGUGCCCGAUGCCACGCUACGCCCGGGACAGCGUUUCACCGCCACCCUCGCCGUACGGCACAACUUCACCGCCGACCAGCUGACGCUUCGGAUCAAGGCGAAGAAGGGGCUGCAGGUGGUGGGCGCCCGCCCCGGGUCCCCCACCGCCUGGACCGCCCAGCUGGAGCGCACCCGGGGUCCCAAGCACUCAACGGCCGUGGUGACCUGCCGGCGGAGCGGGGACACCCGUGGCGGCUGGAGGGCGGCCGACUCCGCCGCGUUCCUGCACCUGGACCUGGCGGUGGAGAACGGGACGGGGGGGCUGGCGCCGGCGCGGCCCCUCACCUGGCAGGUGGAGUACCCCGGCCAGGACCCCGAGGCCCAGAAGGACAAACUGGUGUGGGAGAUCCAGGUGUCGGAGCGGGACGUCCGUGCCCUCGUUCCCCUGGUGCAGGAGCUGGAAAUCUUGAACACGGCCCCACUGACGGGGGUCCCCCGUGCCAUACCGGUGAAGCUCGUGGCGGUGGGGGGGAGGGGGGUGGGCGGGGGGCCAGGCCCCCCGGGGCCGCCAGGCUGCGAGUCGGCCGACAAGCAGGUGCUACAGGUCUCGGAUGCCUGCGACGCUGUGUUCGUGGGGGGCAAGGAGAGCCGGGGGGCACGGGGGGCACGGGUGGACUUCUGGUCCCGGCGCCUGCACGCCUCGCUGCGCUUCACCGUCUGGGCACCGCUGCUGCCCCUGCGCGUCCAGCUGGGCGACACCGCGCUGGAGCAAGUGCGGGGCUGGCGCCUGCCCGGCGGCCCUGAGAGCGCCCUGGCGGAGGCGGAAGAGCCCGGGGAGGAGGCUGAGCGGCGGGCACGGGGCUGCCGGCCCCAGUACCAGCGGACGGCGGUGAGGGUGCUGGCACACUUCGUGGCCCACCCGCUCGACGGUGGCCGUCACCUUGCUUACCUGCCCGGCCCCGACUGGCUCCUGGAUGUCACCCACCUGGUGGCCGACCGGACCUGGGUGCAGGACCCUCGCGUGGCUUCGCUGGAGGGGGGCACUGUGGUGGGGGGCCGGGAGCCUGGGGUCACCUCCGUGGAGGUCCGCUCCCCACUCUCGGACUCCAUCCUGGGGGAGCAGAUGCUGGUGGUGUCGGAGGAGAAGGUGACGGUGACAGAGCUGCACGCCCAGGUGGUGUCAGAGCUGUCCCUGACGCUGCGGGCAGAGCUGAGCCACCCCAGCGUGGUCACCGCCACUGCCCAGGGCCUGGGGUCUUCCUCGGAGGAGGAGGAGGAAGGCUACGGCCACAACCGCGCCGGCAGGGAUGAAGAGGAGGAGGAUGAGAUGGUGAAGGCUCCCGAGCGGGUGACUGACCUGGAGAUCGGCAUGUACGUCCUGCUGGGCGUCUUCUGCCUGGCCAUCUUCAUCUUCCUCGUCAACUGCAUCUUCUUCGUCCUGAGGUACCAGCAGAAGGAGCUGCCGGACGCCGGCGCGGCCCCCUCGGCUCCCCAGCCCCACAACUGGGUCUGGCUGGGCACUGACCAGGAGGAGCUGAGCCGGCAACUGGACCGCCAGCAGCCCGAGCCACCGGCCCCUGAGGUGGGCACCGAGGCCGAGCGCUGCUGCUGUGGGGUGCCACCGGGCACCGCGACAGGCUCCGACGCUGGGGGUCCCCCCAGCACCCCAACACCUGGGGCUCCCCUGCCCCGCAAGGAGAGGGUGGCACUGGGGAGGAAGCCGGGGUGCCCUUACUGCUUUGGGUCUCAUUACGACAUUGUGUUCAUAGUGAUGAUGAUGAUGAUGAGUCCUGUGGUCUGA